AUGGCCUCUUCCACCUACGAAGUCUGGGACGCGAAAUAUAACCGACCAACUGUAGGCGGAAAAGUCACCAAUCCCACAACUGGACAAGUGGAGGAUGCAGGGCCCAUGUUUGUUGCAGGUCCACCGAGCAUCCAGGCCAUAUGGUUCAACGUGGCGUCAUCGACUUCGUCCAUGGGGUAG